AUGGAUGCCCAACCGUUGACCACCCUCCCAUCCGAAUCCAAUCUCCACUCGACCCUCGAAUCUACACCGACAAGUUCAACGCCGGCUAGUCCGGAUGUCCGCAGCAGUAGCAAUAGUGCCGGCUCAAGAUUGCUGAAGCGACUCCUCAGCGGACGCGGUAGCCGCAGGUAUAGCGUCUUAGAACGGGAGCCGAAUCGACUGCGGAAACGUGUCAAUCAGUGA